AUGGCAGACGACAGGGCCCAUUUCAAGUGUGCUAGCUCUAUUGCCCUCCUAGAGGGACGAGCAUCGUUGGAGCUCCCUGGUGAUAUCAUAAGUGCCAGCACUCUAGGCGCUCUCGAUAUACGUCUGAGAAGAGUGGAAGAGUUUUACAACGUCGCACUGCCCCCGGCAUGCCAGACACCCGCGUGGGACACACUUGCGUACCGCAUCUUCCGUCUCAUCAAAGCCUACAGAACCUUUCCUCCGCCGAUGACUGGUGGCAUGUUUACAUCGAAGCACUUUCUGGAGCUCGUUCCAGAUCCCAGCAAUGUGUCUUCCGAAACUCUCCAAACUCUUUGCUCCGACCUUGGGUAUAGAAGUUACAACUGGACCAAGUCUCUCCUUGCCAAUCCUUCCCAUGAACUCGGCGUGUACAGUCAAAUCUGCUGCUACUACGCUGGAAAGUCUAAGCAAGUCCGACUUGUUGCGAUUCCGGCUACUCGGGCUGAUAUCUAUGGCUUACUGGCCGUCCUCUCCGUUGAGAAUGGGCCGGCAAUCAAGCAACCCAUGAGUUCGCCUAUGCCAAUACCACCACCAUUCGGAAAGGGCCUCCCUCCAGGGGUGACUGUUGUUAACGCAACACCCAGCCGCAAGAGGAAGACCAGAAGGCGCUCAAUACUUUCUAAGUUCUCGUGGAUGAAAAAGUUGGCAUUCUGGCGGAAGAGACGCAGCGACGAUGAUUCGUCCAUUUACAGCUCCAGCAGCUCUGGCAGCUCCUCGAGCAGCACCAUUUCCUAG